UUUUUUUUAGGGAAACCUUACCCCUCUGCAUUUCUGCAGUUGCCUCUAGAACUUUCCAACAGCUCUGUGCUCUCCAUUUUCUUGUUUUUCGAUUAAUUUGAACAGAUCGCACCAUGCAAUCAAAUAGUCCCUCUUCCUUAAUUGGAGAAUAAUUAAAUAAAAGGGUUUCUUUAGGGUUUUACUCCCAACCCCGUUUCACCUCCUGUUCUUCUCUCUCCUCUUCGUACAGUUGCAGAGCAAAUCAAUGGUCAGGUCCCACGGCCUCCGCCUCGCUCGCCGCUCCCUCGCCUCGUAUCUCCUCCACACUUCCGAUUCAGCCCUACUGUGCAAUUACUUCGUGCGUGGGGGCGGGAGGAGCUUCAGUACCUAUCUGUUUAAUCAAUCCAGGUGCCCUCCAAAUUCCAGAUAUGGACAAGUUGGUCUUGAGAAGUAUUUGUUGAAGAUACCAUCUUUCAAUGAUAAUUUGCGCGGAGCACGAUCGAUCCAUGGCACUGCACAUUUGUCAAGAGAUUUUUAUGAUGUUCUGGGUGUCAAUAAAAAUGCAACGGCAUCGGAAAUAAAGAAAGCUUACUAUGGACUUGCAAAGAAAUUGCAUCCUGAUACAAAUAAAGAUGACCCAGAAGCUGAAAGAAAAUUUCAAGAAGUUCAGAAGGCUUAUGAGGUCUUGAAGGAUGAUGAAAAGCGCCAACAAUAUGAUCAGAUUUUCAACAUCUUCAGAGGAGUAGGUGGAGAAGAUGUUAAGGUAUCACUGGAACUAUCGUUUAUGGAAGCUGUCCAGGGAUGCACCAAGACACUUAGCAUCCUGACUGAUUUGGCUUGUGAUACUUGUGGCGGAACUGGAGUUCCUCCUGGAACAAGACCUGAAACAUGCAAACGAUGCAAAGGCUCUGGCAUGAGCUUCUGCAAGUCUUGCAAGGGAAAACGGGUCGUGAGAGGUGCAAAAACUGUAAAGCUAAAUGUGAUGGCAGGAGUGGACAAUAAUGAAAUUAUUAAGAUUCCUAGAAGUGGAGGGGCAGAUCCUGAUGGAAAUCAGCCUGGUGAUCUUAUUGUUUUAAUUAAGGUCAGAGAAGAUCCAGUGUUCCGUAGAGAAGGGCCUAAUAUCCACGUAGAUGCAUUUUUGAGCAUCACUCAGGCAAUUUUGGGAGGAACGAUACAGGUUCCCACUCUGACAGGCGAUGUUGUUGUUAAGGUUCGGCCUGGAACUCAACCUGGCCAAAAGGUUGUUUUGAGGAAAAAGGGAAUUAAAGUGAAAAACACUAUUUCAUUUGGGGAUCAGUAUGUGCACUUCAAUGUCAGCAUCCCAACGGUUGAUUUCAAUUUCACCAAAACCAAGUGGCUUGACAAUAUUUUGAUCCCAGGCACCCUUUAA